ACUCACAACCCCAAAACAUCUCAUUCAACUCUCUUGCUGCUCCUUGCCUCUGCCGCUACUAGCGUUGCCAAUAGCUGCCGUCGGUGGUAGUGUCGCCGUCUGUGGCGGUGAAAUCAGCGGCCGUGGUUCCCCAAAUGGAGCUUACAAUUGGGUCUCCGGCAGGUAAGAGUUCUUUCAAUUGCAUCAGAAAUUAGAAGCUACCAUCCCAUGGUUAUAUCUAUAUGGCAAGUACAUAACAAAUAGGUUUUAUUGACCCCCUUUUCAUUCCAUGAGCAUUUUCACUAAUUAACAAGACCAUGAAGUUCAUAGCACUAGUUAGAACCAUUCGUCCCCAUCCUACUCUCCCUGAAAUAACUGGUCCUUUACAAUCUCGAUCAUUCCAACCUGACUUUGUUCCUAGAGAUCCCAAAGCAAGUCCCAAACGGUUCAAAUAUCCAGCCUUCUACAACCCAUAUGGCCCUAGACCCCCACCUUCCGAUAAAAUCAUUCAGCUCGCUGAACGCAUUGCUUCCCUACCUACCGAAGAGCGUGUUCAAAUCGGUCCAACUCUUAGGGAGAGACUCAAGCAUCCCAAGAUGCAACCGAUUUCAGUAGAAGGCAUGGAUGUGGGUCCCCAGGGAGGGCCGUCCACUGCAAAGGCCGAGGAGAAGAAGGUAGAGAAAACGGCAUUUGAUGUUAAGUUGGAGAAAUUUGACGCCGCUGCAAAAAUCAAGGUCAUCAAAGAGGUUAGGGCUUUUACAAAUUUGGGAUUGAAGGAAGCGAAAGAUUUGGUGGAAAAAGCGCCGGUUGUGCUCAAACAAGGAGUCACAAAAGAGGAGGCAAAUGACAUAAUCGAGAAGGUAAAGGCUGCAGGAGGAGUUGCCAUUAUGGAAUGAAAUUUUAUGCUUGUUUUUGUAGUUGCUGCGCUGUGUUCUAUCAGUUCCCAUUGAGGGGAAAAUGAAAAUAUCAGUUCUUCAAAAUUUGAAUUGUUCUAUGGAAUAAUUGAUUUGACACUUUGCAAUGCAUAUGAUUUGAAUGAAGUUUUGGUUAAAUAUUUUGAAGAA